AUGGCAGACCAAGCUACAACAAACCCAUCGGGCACCCCUCAAUCAAGAGAAGCAACCAGAGGCAGAGGCAAUCGAGGCAGCAGAGGCAAUCGACGAGGCGGUACCACAGCUACUGGAGGUGGUUCUUCUCACGUUGACCCUAGCCAGCAGCAGCGUCGACAUAACCAGGGAGGGAGUGGCGGAAGAGGUCGCGGCAGAGGCGGCGGCGCACACAGCGAGGGACGCGGGGGGAGGAAUCCACGACGUGGAGGAAAUCGAACGCAGGAUGGAGACGGCAGACAUGACGACGGCAGUGAGCCGCCAGGAGCGGGUGCUGAGGGCACUGGCACCUCCGGUGUUCGCCUGACCGGAGAUGCCAAACGUUCGCAGGGCGAAGAGAAGCCGGCGCAGAAAGCUGGAGGUUCUGCGGCCGGAGAAGAGGAAGAGGCUGACGAGAACGAGAUAUGCUUCAUUUGUGCCUCAAAGAUUGACCAUAUUCCCACAAAGAGAUACGAGGAAUUUACCAACUCUGACUUUGAUCGUUCUGACGAUAACCUGGGGAUAAAAUAUGAGCACUUCGACAUCUUUGAGGACACCGUCUUGUUGCUCCGAUACAAUUGCCCGGACAGUGAUUGUGAUGUCGCAUGUCUUGGGUGGCCAGACUUGCAUCGCCAUGUCAAAAGUAAACAUGCUAAGGUGAUGUGUGAUCUGUGUACACGGAAUAAGAAAGUUUUCACCCACGAGCAUGAGUUAUUUACACCUGCGUUGUUGCGAAAACACGAAAGAUAUGGUGAUGAUAACCCUGGUGCCGUUGAUCAAAGUGGGUUUAAGGGGCAUCCGGAAUGCGGAUUCUGUCGCCAACGCUUCUACGGAGACGAUGAGCUCUACUCACAUUGCAGAGACAAACACGAGAGAUGCCACAUCUGUGAUCGGAGGUCUGGAGGCAGCAACCCGCAAUACUAUGUUGAUUACGAUGCACUGGAGAAACACUUCAGCAAGGACCACUUCUUGUGCCUUGAUAAAGAAUGCUUGGAUAAGAAGUUUGUUGUUUUUGACUCGCAAAUGGACCUCAAAGCACACCAACUUGAAGCUCAUCCCUCUGGGUUAUCAAAAGAUGCAAGGAGAGAUGCCAGACUGGUGGACAUGUCAACAUUUGAUUAUAGAUCUCCUUACCAACCAACCCGCCAGCGUCGUGAUGGUCGUGACGGUCGUGACGGUAGGGGAGCUGGCAGAGGCCGUGACCCUAAUUCUGAACCAAUUCCGCAAUCGAGUGCCCAGCCAUUACGGAGAGACGAACUUGCUUACCAGCGCCAGAUGGCUAUUCAAAGUUCCCAGUCAGUUUCUACAAGAACAUUUGGUGGGCAACUUACCUCUUCGCGACCUACAGCAACUUCAUCCGCUCCCACUACCCAGAGGUCUACUCCCGCAGCUACACCCGCAGCGAGAGCAACACAAAAUUCAGGGCUACCUUCUAUAGAAGCGCUUGAUCUUGGACAGCCGACAGCCCCAGUAACACCGCAGGACCAUGCUAGACAGGCAGCACACUCAGCCGUUAUGGACCGCGCAUGCUCUCUUCUCCAAAAUGACAAAAGGAAAAUUAACGAUUUCCGAGGAAAGGUCUCACAGUACCGAAGCAACGCCAUUGGAGCCAACGAGCUCAUAGAAGCAUUCUUUUCGCUCUUCGAUACGUCUUCAGUAGAAUUGGGAAAACUAAUAAAGGAGCUUGCUCAUAUCUAUGAAGACGAGAAUAAACGUACGGGCCUUCUAAAAGCAUGGAAUGACUGGCGUGCGAUCAAUGAAGACUAUCCAGCACUUCCAGGGCCCAGUGGAACAACCCCUUACACUGGAACUGCCAGCGGAUUUGGCUCAGGUAAAAGAGUAUUACGUUUAAAAUCAUCUACAACGCAGUCCUCCAGAUCAGCCUCCGGCCAGAACUCCAGACUCUCUGGAAUACUUCCUUCUAACACCACUUCUAACCCAUUUCCUCCACUUUCUAGCAAUACUACCGGUCGAAAAGCCACUCCAGGAGGCAAUGCAUGGGGAACAACGCCUGCCAUAUCUUCUGGCCCAAGCAGCUCUGGCUCUAGGCCCUCGGCUUCUGCUUCACGGCCAAAAGUUGCUAGAGAUGCCAAUGCAUUCCCUGCCCUUCCAGCAGCUCCUAAGCCGAAUACCCUUAUGGCCGGUCUCACUCGUGGAACUGUGAGAUGGGAUGAUCGAAAUGCUGCCAGUGCUAGGCCUUCUGCUUGGGGCUUAUCAAGUGACCCAACACCUGCAGAAUCAGAUUUGUCCGCUUCUCAAGAUAAAAAAGGGAAGGGUAAAAAAGGGAAACAAGUUCUCUACCAUUUUGGCUAA